UCAUCGUUUCGCGCGUCGCUGUGCCGUCGUCACCGCAGUCGUUGUCCGCCGUCGUCGUACGCACAUUCUUCUACGUAUCGCCGUCUUCGGUUUGUUACUUUCGCGGGCUUAAUCAUCACGUCGUGUUUUAUUUCACCCCGGUACGUAAAUAUGUCGCUGAUACGCUGUUGACGAAUUACCGCCAAACCCGAAUAACUCGUAAUAUCCGUAAACCGACAUAAUAUAAUAAUAUUACAAAACAAAUCGAUCGAUAUUUCUAUUGUCUUAUCAACUUGUGCGAUAUACGUUUUCGAGUAAUAAUUCCGUCGUCUCGUCGUUAUUAUUCGCUUCCAGUGAAAAACCACACGAUUAUGACGCGAAACCGCUUGUCGUCGUGGCCUACUACGCCGCUGCUGGCCUUGGUUCUGCUUGUCGCCGUCGUUUCAGACGUUAUAGCCAAAGAACCUUCGCUGAUCAUCAGACCGACACAACCGAAACAAACAAAACCGAUUGGUUCAUCUUUGAUAUUGAAUUGCCAGCCCGACGUCGACCAACCAGAAUUUAUCACGAAUCUCAAAUGGCUAGAUCCGCAGAACAGGACGAUCGAUCAAACCUCGACCGCCGGAGCACACGUGACCACGACGUUUACUUCCAGCAACAAUUUGGGGCUGGUGAUAACUGGUCUCACCGAAGCGGACGUGGGCACAUACACAUGCACUGCCACGUACUCGAAUUCUGAAUAUCUGGUUCGCAGCGUGAUCGUGGACAGUUUCUACGAUAUCACGUGGGUUGAUGCUCCCACUGAACAAUAUCCAAUCGCCGGAACAAGUUACAAAGUGCGCUGCAAAGUCAAGGCUAAUCCCGCUCCACUGGUCGACUGGUACAAGGAAGACACCAGAAUUCAAGAUGGCAAUGGUUUUGUCAAGGACAUCGAUGGUCUUCUAAUCCAAAACGUUACAGCCGAAGACGACGGUUUGUACAAGUGUCGAGCCAUCGUGUUAGACACGGGUAACAUCCUGGACCGGGACAUCAGAGUCGAGGUUCACAUCCCACCAACAUUUGCUCCUGACCAAGUUUCCCAGCUGGAAGUUGUUGAAGGCGAGAUGGCCAGCGUGCGGUGCGCGGCCAACGGUAAACCAGAACCCAAGGUUACGUGGAUACACAUGCCGGAUCAGCGGGAUCUAAGCGAAGGUACUGAGAGAUACUCCGUGAACAAGCUAACUGGUGUAUUGAGCCUGAAUCGUAUCAGUCGCACUGACAACGGUCAGUUUAAGUGCGUGGCUAACAACGCGGCUGGACAAAUCGAACGAUUGGUGAACGUGGUCGUGCUAAUUAAACCAGAAGUGUUGGACGUGACCAAUGUGUCCGUGCCAAUCAAUACCGAGGCCAGAGUUAAGUGCUCUGCAAACGGCAACCCUCUACCGUCAAUCAUGUUCAGGAGAGUGGGCACAAACGUCGUCAUAAAACCAGGAAUCGAAGAUUAUCGCAUUAGUGUGGAGCACGACACUAUGGGGGACUUGGCAACGGCCACUCUUGUGAUUAAACACCUGAAUCGAUCCGACGACGGACUAUACACGUGCAUCGCGUCGAACAAGGGCGGCGAAGCGAGGAAAAACGGACAUCUGACUGUUGAGUUUCCGCCAGUGUAUGCUAGCAACAUGGUCAAGGAGGUGUGGACGUGGAACCGGAAGCCUGUGAACCUUUCAUGCAUUUCCGAAUCUCUGCCGAACGCGUCAAUCACGUGGCUGCUCAACAACCGAAUGAUAGAGGAUGACAUCAACGUGAGAAAGUUCGGUAAAGGCCCAUACAGUGACCUCCUGGUAACCCCAAUUGACCAGACCUACUACGGCGUAUACACGUGCCUAACCAAGAACAUACACGGCGAGAACAACAUACAAAUCACGCUCAGGGAAGCACGCCGGCCGUCCAAAGUGUCCCAGACCAAGUUUGAAGUCGUCACUGCUACAACAAUUUCGUUCGGAUUUGUGGGUCCGACAGACACAGGAGGUAUAAAAAUCAAAGCCUAUGCCGUCCAGUAUAAGGAGAUGUCGCAGACGUGGGAAGAAGCUCGCAAUAAAUCUUGGCCAGUGGAUACACCCUACAUACUGGAAAGUCUGGAAGCUCACAGAACUUAUCAGUUCAGGUUCGCCGCCAUCAAUGACGUGGGUACCAGCGAUUGGGGUUCACAGGAACAACGUACUAUGCCCAAGAGGAGUGCGCCCGAAGAACCUAAAAUAUUGGUCAUCAAAGACGUGGACACCGAAGAUUAUAUUAACUCGCCGUACGGAAACAGCUACGAAGUGAACUGGAAGAUACCGGCCGACAAUGGGGAGCCCAUAAACCUGUACAACGUUCACUAUUGCGUGACCGAUAAGGUAAACACUGUGUGGACAGUCAGAAGAGAUUCUUGUCGAUCUGAAGACCUCAGGUCUCCAGACAAGACUGCGUUUUUGAUGGACAAUCUGAAUGCCAACACGUUUUACAAAGUGGAAGUCAGAGCCCACAACGAGAUUGGAUUUAGUGUACCAUCGGAACUCGUCUUCAAAACUGCGACUGGCGUGGACAUACCUCCCAUGCAACCGCCGUACCCUAACCGGCUCAGUUCGGCGGUCAUAAUCAGCAUCGUCUUAGCCGUCCUAUUCACCAUCUUGGUAGUCAUUGACGUGUCAUGUUACUUCACCAACAACACUGGUAUUUUGUACAUAUUGUUCGGUAUGUGCUGUCGGAAGAAAAAGAGGGACGAAGACGCAAAGCUCGGAAGUUUGUAUGGAUGGCGUUUUCCGUUGCCAUAUUGCAACAACAGUACGGGCGAAUCAUCUAGUAACGGAAACGGUUCUUCUUACACUUCCGACGUAGAGAAAGUCCCUUUGCCAGAUAUGAACUUUGUGUUUGAGGGCAAAGAACUUUUAACCAACGGCAACACCUAUCAGAGCAACAAUUUACGCAUCGAACCCACCGAAAUGCUGAAAAAGGAUACCGAAGUGGAGUACGACGUCAAAAGGUCCGUGUCGCAGACUCGUUUCGUCGGCAAGGAUUCUGCCGUCUAAAAACGGUCGCGCGCGAACUAAACCAAUCCGACGACGAUGACACGAUUGCACGAUACUACACACGUAAUCCGCGUAAUAAUAUGCACAUUACGACGGCGGCGGUGUACGCGGAGCGACGUUUUCACGACUGACAAAUAUAUAUUUUGAAAAACAAAAUUCAAAACAUUAAUAAUAUAUUAUUAAGAUAAACGCUGUAUAAUAUAAUAUUAUUGUGAUUGGGGUGUAUAAUUAUUAUAAUUGUACUCGAAAUGAUUCGAGUUAGACCGACUGAGUUUCGCGCCGCUCUAGCAUUUAUUUUACGUAAUUAUUAUUAUUAUUACCGUAGCGUUUUAUAAUACCUAGCAACUAUACUAUAUAUAAGUACUAUUAUAAUACUGCUACUACAUAAUAUUUUUACUAUCAUUAUUAUAUUAUAUACAAUAUACAUUUUACUUUUAUUAUUGUUACUAUACAAUGUUUACUAUUACAAUACAAUAUUAUAAUAUUAUUAUUUACUACUGAUAUAUACACCGCUAUUACCGUGUAACGCAUUCGUGUCGUGAACUCCUCCCCCCCCCCCUCUCCGCCAGGAUUUGUAGAUAAUAUUUUAAAUGUUAUAUUUUUUAAGUGUUUAGCGUUAAGGAUUAUUAAUUUUUAUUAUUUCAUUUUAUACAUUAUAUAUUAUGUCGUAUAAUAAUAUGAUGAUAAUUAGGUAUGCCGUAUUUCGAACGAAUUUUCAUCGAAUAAUAAUCUCUCAACAAACUCGGACUGAGAAAUAUCACAAUAUAAUAAACCCUUUUAGUGUUAUCCAUUCGUGCGGUUCGAUGUAAUUCAGAACCAUUUUUGAUACUAAAAAAAAAAAAAUAAUAAAAAAAAUAAAAAAUAUGAUAAUAAUAAAAACACAUUUGCAGCUGCAAGAAUGCAUGAUUUUGAACAAUUUAAAUAAAACUACUUCAUCAUAAAAAUAUUAUCUCUGUACUUGUACACUAUAACUCAUAAGUGUUAAACUGAAAACUGUAUGGCACAUAAAUACACUUGGUAGGAUUUUAUUCGAAUUCGUUCGUUUUUCUCGGUGGAAUCUCGGUUUUUUAAAAAAAAAAAAACCAUUACCUACUAUUACACGAAUUUUUAAUUUUUGCUUUUACAACGGACACGAUUCGCCCAACGUUUUGGUUGUUUGAUGCUGCUUUGUACUUAAAAAUGAUAUGCAUAUUAAGUCGUGUAAAAAUUAUAUUAUAAUAUUAUGUCUAAAACUAUUUUCGUAUUAUUGUGUAACGAUCGUUUGAAUUGAUAAUUUUUUUUUAUUAUUAUUACUAUUUCUUAAAUUUGUUCCUACGUACAUCAUUUUUUACUUUUUUUUUAAAUUUAAAUCGUGUGAAUACAUUGUCUGACGUAUAAUAAUUAUUUUAUUAAAUAUGUAUAAGAUAAUAAUAUUAUAUAUUUUGUGAAAUUGUUGUGAUUUGGUUUUAAGUCGAUUGACGCACAGGUCGGCUUUAGAUACUAUAAACUCCUCUAUUAUAUUGCCAUUUAAUGUAAUUGAAACAUAAUAUUUAUAUAUAUAUAUAACUUUUGGAUUAAGGACCACUUGUGCGGUUCUUACUAAAACGUUUUGAUUCGAAAAGCAAAAAUUACUUUUCUCCUCUUAUGUUGUAAUCGCGUAAAACAUCGCUGUCCCGUCUUCCGAGAAAUUCGAACAAUUUAAUCAUGUACAACACUCCUAUAAUAUAAAAACGCGUUUUAUACCUUCGCCAUAUUACCUAAGUAUAAUAAUGUUAUUAUUAUUAUGGUUUUCAAGACAAUUUUUUUUCUAUUUAUACGCGCGUUUAUCGGCCAUUUAUUUUAUAUAUUAUUAUCAUUUUUGCGGAAAACAAAUGAUUACCAUAUUAAAAAUGUAUUUAUAAAAUAUAUAUUAUACAAAUCAAUCAUAAUUCGUAUUGUAAAUUAUUGUAUAUUACUAUGUUUAAAUUAACUGUGAAAAAAUGUAUUGUUUUUUUUUUCGAUUUAAGAUUUACAUUAUACAUUUCUGCCGUCAUUAAUCGCCAUCCUUUCGGCCGUCAUCUUGUCAUUUUUUUUUUUUAUUAUUAUUAUUAUUAUUAUUGUGACGAAUGAAUAUAAUAAUUCCCCAAUAAUGAUUAAAACAUGAUAUAACUAUAAUAAUGCUUAUAAAUCAAUAAUUAUUGUUAAUUUAACACAUUUACAUAAUUUAAUAAUUUUUAUUGACUAGUUUGAUAAUUUUUUUUUCAAAUACAUAGGUAGGUAAAAAUUACAUCUAAUAUUUAUUUUUACGUUUCUUUUUUGGUUAUUUUUGUACUACGACACCACCAAUGCGUUAUAUUAAACUUGUCGAUUUCGAGUUUCAAAAAGACCCUUUAACAGUUCUCAAAACUCGGUAUCAUUAUCGUUGACUAUAAUAAUAAUAAUAAUAAUAUCUGCAGCACAGUGUUCUGUCAUAAUAAUAUAAACUAUUUUCUUCUUCCGUUCGGCGGCGCGUGUUUGUCUUUUGAUGUACGUAAAUCGUUUAAUAUUAGAUUUUACACCCGCCGUCAUAGUGCACAUCGUGUUGUUAUUGUUUCACCGCUGUUACAACGUUUUCAAAACGUUUCGAAUAAAAUCACUGCAGGUAAUCGACGAAACGUUUCUAUAUUGUUUUUCGUAAAUCGCGUCCAGCGUGUGAGUGUAACGCAGAAGUCUUUUGCGAUUUUCAUUUGACUUUACAAUAAUAAUAUUCUUUAUUAACUAUACCUUCCGUAUAAUAUCAUGUCGGUACGUGUUACUACAAUAGACUCUCAAAGUUUUAUUAUUUUUUUCGCGCGGACGACGUUUUUUCCCCGUACGAACGCGCACUUGUAAAUAACAUAUUAUAUUCUAUCUUUAAUACUAUAACAAUAAAAAUAAUAUUUAUAUAUAUAUAAACAUUAUAUUUUAAUAAUUAACUAUUAUAUUUAAAUAUGUGUUACGUUUAAGUGUCAGCUAUAUGAACAAUAAUUAUAAUAUAUUAUUUGUAUGUACGUAGGUGGUAUAUAAUAUAUUAUAAUAUUAUAUGUCAUUUACCAAUUGUCUGCCUCUAUACUAUAAUAUAUUAUCAUGAUAUAUAUAUA